CCUCCUCAGACCCCAGGUAUCAUAUAUGAUACCUCAGGUUUAUAUUUUAUUCUCGGCCUCCAGCUCCAUUUAGCCGCACGUACUCGAUGGUAUCAUAUAUGAUACACUGCUAAAUACGCGCCUAAUUUUUUGAUGCGAUGUUGGUUGCAUACGGCGGCAAGAAAAGUCAGUCGAUUGUUUAUGUUUACAAGUGCACGUGCUACGAUCAUGCCUCUACCACGAAAUAAAAGGCCUUUGACCGCGUUGGAGCUUGAAGAGAUAGCUCUCAACUUGGACUUCGAUCAGUCGGACCUCGAUGAUCUCUCUUCGGACGAUGAUGAGGAUGAGGUUGAUCUAGGUUUGGAAAAUGUGGUUACCGAUCCUGAUGAUAUGGAGAUCGCAGACAACAUGAGUGAUGAAGAAGAGACACCGCCUCUGAAACAAAGGAAGGUACAACCUGUUCCGGAUAGAAGAGUCAGGACCGUUGGUAACAUCCACCUACCAGUAUUUACGAAGCAAGAACAAAAAACAAGAUCAAAAUGUAGAUUUCCUAAAUGUGGCAAAUUAACGUUUGCCAAAUGUAACUCCUGCAAUAUUUAUCUGUGUUGUACCGUUGAUAGAAAUUGUUUCUCGCUUUUUCACCAGUAAAUUUUUUUUAUAGA